AUGACUGUUAAUAGUCCUCCUGAUGAACUUUAUGAAGAAUUAUUUGCCGAUGUUCAGUUAGCACGAAUAUUUCCUGAUUCAAAAACGUUUCCUGAUUGUAUUCCGUUACGUUCGCCAAGUGACAUCCUCGCCUCUUACAGACAAAUACGUGAUACACCGGAAUUUAAUUUAAAAACGUUUGUUAAAAAUAAUUUUAAUGAGCCGGAAUCAUUCAAUUUAGUACUCGAUAAUGAUGGUCAAUCAUGGACAAUCGUUGAACAUUGCCAAGCACUUUGGUCAUAUUUAACACGCAAUGCCCAUUUAAUGACCAAUGAUCCAUCUCUUCUACCAGUACCAAAUGAUUUUGUUGUACCCGGUGGACGUUUUAGAGAAUUUUAUUAUUGGGAUUCAUAUUUCAUCAUGUUGGGUUUGAAAGAGUCAGAUUAUGUUAACUUGAUUUCAAAUAUGGUUAGCAAUUUUGCAUAUUUAAUGCGUACUCAUGGACAUAUUCCAAAUGGGAAUAGAAAUUAUUAUCUUGGUCGUUCUCAACCGCCAUUCUUUUCAUUUAUGGUCGAAUUGUUAGAUUCACUACUGACAGAUCAAAAUAUUCUUGUCGAUUAUUUACCAGAAUUAGAAAUAGAAUAUGAGUUUUGGAUGGAUGGUAGCGCCGAUCUAACAUCUUCGUCGCAAAGUCAUCGUCGAGUUGUUCGAAUGACAGAUGGCACUCUAUUAAAUCGUUUUUAUGAUGAUAUACCAAAACCGAGACCGGAAGCCUUUUACGAAGAUUAUCAUACGGCACACUCAUCCACUUCAGAAAGAAAUGAAAGUGAUAUCUAUGUAAAUAUCCGAGCAGCAGCUGAAUCUGGUUGGGAUUUUAGUUCUCGUUGGUUAGUAAAUGCAGGUGAUUUAUCCACAAUUUAUACGACAGACAUAAUUCCCGUUGAUUUAAAUUGUUUAAUGUUUAAUUUGGAACGAGUAUUAGCAUCUGCUUAUGAAAAAAAAUUCGAUCGAUCAAUGUCACAACAUUAUCGUCAAUUAGCACAAAAACGUAAAACAGCUAUUCAGACAUACUUUUGGUCAAAAGAACACGAUUAUUUUAUGGACUAUGAUUUUCGAUUAAACCAGCCAACAAAAUCUAUGACAUUAGCUGGUGUUUACCCAUUGUGGACAGAGUUAGCAACUGAGGAACAAGCCAGUGCCGUGAUGGAUAAAAUUGAACGUCUCUUUCUCAAAGAUGGUGGUCUUGUCACAACCAUAAAUGAAAAAAGUCAUCAACAAUGGGAUUUUCCAAACGGCUGGGCUCCUCUACAAUACAUCACCUAUAAAGGUAUACUCAAUUAUAGUCCCCGAUCACCAUUAGUGAAAAAAAUAAUUGAUCAAUGGAUGAUGUUAAACGAGAAAGUUUUUAAUGAAACGAGAAAAAUGGUGGAAAAAUAUGAUGUUGUAAAUACGAAUGCAGAAGCGGGUGGAGGAGAAUAUAAGACACAAGAUGGAUUUGGAUGGACAAAUGGUGUUUAUUUGGAAAUGUUGAAAGAUAGAAAAAACCUCAUGCGAAAGUCUCAUUUUUAA